AUGGUGAAGGGAGAAAAGAAGGCCAACGAGAGCCCAAACAAGUUUAAUCCACAACCCUCCCAAACAGACGAGAGCCCAAACAAGUGUAAUCCACAACCCUCCCAAACAGACGAGAGCCCAAACAAGUGUAAUCCACAACCCUCCCAAACAGACGAGAGCCCAAACAAGUGUAAUCCACAACCCUCCCAAACAGACGAGAGCCCAAACAAGUGUAAUCCACAACCCUCCCAAACAGACGAGAGCCCAAACAAGUGUAAUCCACAACCCUCCCAAACAGACGAGAGCCCAAACAAGUGUAAUCCACAACCCUCCCAAACAGACGAGAGCCCAAACAAGUGUAAUCCACAACCCUCCCAAACAGACGAGAGCCCAAACAAGUGUAAUCCACAACCCUCCCAAACAGACGAGAGCCCAAACAAGUGUAAUCCACAACCCUCCCAAACAGACGAGAACCCAAACAAAUUCCUAAAACAGACGAGAGUCCAAACAAGUGUAAUCCACAACCCCCUAAAACAAGUAUAA